GAUUGGUUCAGACGGAGAAAUUUCCCACUACUCUUUGCGGCAUCUCCCCCGAGGCCACCACUUCCGGGUUUCGAACCCAAAGACGUAAACAUGACAUCUUCCACGGGACUUAAAAGACGGAUAGAAGAUACAGGAACGAGCCAGAAGAAGCCGAGAUAUGAACUAAAACGUGCGGAAGAUUUCGGCGGAGGGAGAAACACGUUUGAUGUCUACCCGGUAUCGAGAUUUGACCUCCCUUUUCCCAACUACCGACAGCCGUCCGAGGUGGGCGUGUUCUCACUGGACACAGCGCGCGACUUCCACAACGACGGACGCAAACUGCGAUAUUAUGUUGUCCCUCCUGAUCCCAAACGUGUGAACUUUGACCUGACGGAGGGGUACGACACUUUGAUCAAAAGAGAUGAAGAUGAGAAAGAACAUCUAGAUCACAUUUUAAGAUGGAUCCUUAAGAACAGACGGAAGUUUGUACUUGCCAGAAGAUCCAUUUCUUCAAGCUCGGAGACUGGCGAACAAGAAACUGGAGCUGAACAUGCAGAAGGCGACAGCCAGCUGCACACAGACUUCAUCGCGUGGCGCGGACACUUCACCAAGCUCCUCUGUACGCCGUACGAGAACCAGGACGGAUGGACCAUGGCCGUGUCAAAGUUCAACGGGACCUGGUACAUCAGCGAGGUGGAGACGCCGGAACAGCGGGACCGCAGAGUCAACAUGGCGGACAGACAGCGCCAGAUGACGUACUGGGGGUACAAGUUUGAACAGUAUCUCACAGCAGCCGAGCCACGCGGGAAAACAGAGACAUCAGACCCUGUGAACACAAACGAAGCCUUCUGUACGGUCAUCCGAACACGACUCAACACUCACUCACUGGUCUUCUCAGGGGAGGUGGACUGCAGGGCAGCUGACGACCACAUGAGGGCGCCGCAGUGUUACAUCGAACUGAAGACCAGCCGGGAGAUGUUCACACCAAACCAGCAAAGGAACUUCAGAAGAUAUAAGCUGCUGAAGUGGUGGGCUCAGUCCUUCCUUCCGGGCGUGCCCAGAAUCGUCUGUGGUUUCCGUGACGAUAGCGGAGUCGUCCAUUUUCUGGAAACCUUCAAGACCAUGGAGAUACCAAACAUCAUCAAGGCUGACUCUCACACAUGGAACCCGUCUGUCUGUGUCAACUUCUGUGACCAGUUCCUUUCACAUGUCAAGAAAGUGGUGCAAGAAGACAACUGCAGGCUUGUUUACUUGUUUACCUGGAGACCAAACUGUCCUGUUACCCACACUGUACACAGGGACUCGGAGUACAGUUUUCUCCCAGACUGGUACACACAGGCCUUCCAUACAACUACUUAAUGUGGCAUGAUGUUAUCCUGUAGUGUGAUGUAAGUUAGCUGUCAGGACAUCAUGAUUGGUUAACUGGAUUGAACAUGAAUUAUGUAGUAUAGCAGUCAUGAUUGUGUGUUAUAGUGUGAACUAUAUGAUGUUGUUGAAGCUUGCCAACAUUGUUGAUAUACAUUUGUA